GCGGCAUUAGCCGUGUGUUUGCUAAGCUAGCGGCCUGUUAAGUGCUGGAAUUCUUAAACAUGGCCGAUUUAACCACUUUUAAAGGUGAAGUGACGCUGAUCGUGAACAGUCUGGCCAAGGCGGUGAUGACGGUGAUAUUUACUGCGGCGGAGAAACUCUCUCUGAACAAACAAAACCCCGAAACCGAGGAGAAACUCAGCAGUCUGGUGGACGGUAUGUGUGUCGAAGCUGUAGAUAAAAUCCUGAAGAUGGUGGAGCUGGCUGCUGUGAAGCAGGAAGAGACUCCACGAGACCUGAAGGAUCCACCAGGACACCUGCAGGAUCCACCAGGACACCUGAAGGAUCCACCAGGACACCUGCGGGAUCCACCAGGACACCUGCAGGAUCCACCAGGACACCUGAAGGAUCCACCAGGACACCUGCAGGAUCCACCAGGACACCUGAAGGAUCCACCAGGACAGCUGAAGGAUCCACCAGGACACCUGCAGGAUCCACCAGGACAGCUGAAGGAUCUACCAGGAUACCUGCAGGAUCCACCAGGACAGCUGAAGGAUCCACCAAGACACCUGAGGGAGUCUGCUGAUAUCAGCAAAUGUUUAAUGAAGAUGACAGAAGGUGGAGGCGGUGGUGGUGAGCGCGCCCCCACAGGACAGACCUACAUCCUGGUUUAUGAGAGCAAUGCUGUCGACUCCAAGUGUCUGCUGCUGCCUCUGCAGAGCCAUGCUAAUGCUAACGCUGAUGCUAAUGUUUAUUUGUUUGCAGGUAAAAAUAAAACUGUCUCCAUGGAUGCACCAGGGGAAGCCUCCUCCUCCCCUCCCCCGCAGGCUGAUGUCCCCGACCACGAGUACGCUCGUCCGCCCUCACUGCUGUCCAGAGUCUCUGCAGCACGCCACAGGAAACAGCGCCGCAGCAGGAAGAAGAGAGGAGAGCCGAGCAGGCCUCAGACUGCGACAGGAGAAGGUUGGUGUCAGUGUUCGCAGUGCGGGAUGAUGUUUCCAAACACAGAGCGACUCUCAGACCACCACAGGAAGUCCCACCCCGUGUGCUCUGUGUGCGGCGCCGUGUUAACUGGCAUCGUGAUGCUGCGUGAACACGUGAUCCAAGAGCACGGGCAGCUGCCGCACGCCUGCGACUACUGCCCCAAGAGGUUCAACCACAAAGCUCACCGCGACCUACACGUGAAGGCGCGGCACACUGGAGAGAAAACCUGCCACUGCGACAUCUGCGGGAAGGGUUACUCCUGCAUCAGCAUGCUGAAGACGCACCGCCUCACCCACUUUGAGAAGACGUUCACCUGCGACGUCUGCGGCAAGAGCUUCUACCACAGCGGCCACCUGAAGCGCCACAAACUGGUGCACCAGGAAGUGCGUCCGUACCAGUGCUCCACCUGCGGAAAGGGCUUCACCCAGGCCGAAAACCUGCGCACACACCAGGCCGUCCACACCGGAGAGAGGCAGCUCUGCUCCAUCUGCGGCAAGAGCUUCCGCUUCCUGAAGAACCACGUCAUCAGCAAACAUUCACAUGAGCUGUCCUCCGACGAGCUGCCGCAAAGGGACGCCGUCAUCACCUGCAACGCCUGCGGUAAGAAAUUCCCCACGCCGUCGCAGUAUAAGAUCCACAAGCGGAGCCACACUGGGGAGAAACCGUUCUCCUGUGACGUCUGUGGGAAGAGUUACCGCCUGAAGGAGCAGCUGAGGGACCACAGGUACACCCACACCGGGGAGAAACCCUACAGGUGCACCCUCUGCUCCAAAACCUUCAACCUGGCCACCAGCUUCAUGAGACACCGCAGCAUCCACACCGGAGAGACGCCGUACAGCUGCCUCGACUGUGGCAAACACUUCCGCCUGCUCACCUUCCUCAAGGCUCACUUGCAGACCAAAGCUCACCUGAAGCAGACGCAGCAGAGGCAGACCGCCGCCUCUGACCUCUGACCUCAGGUACAUAUACACGUCAUGGCCAAAAGUAUGUGGACAGUGCAGCAGUCCCUCCACAUGUGACAACAAAAGGUCGUUGUUUGUCUCCUGUCGGCAGAUUAACCAUCAGAGGAUCAUUAAAAGUCAUAAAGGUGAUUAAAUGUACAAACACAAAGGUGGGAUUAACAGUGGUGUACAUCCCAUAAUCUGACCUGUGCUCUGCACACAAACACAAACACAGUGAGAGUCACCGCUGGAUGGAGAACAGCCUCGGCUGGAUUACACAGAGGAGCAUCAAUUAUCAUGUGAGCGCAGCAAAGUGGGAAUUAUGAGCGAUUAGGAUUAAUGUUUGUGAUGGAAACACAGCAGGCAGAGACAUUACUGUGGAGAGGUCAGAGGUCACUGAACAACAACACACAUCUGAUCACAUCAGUUAUUGUUUCAUCUCUCAACGGUUCCAACAAGACACCAGGAAGUCAGAGUUUCAUCUUCCUGUUCUCUCUCAGUGGAGGUCAGGUGUCUUUAGUCAGGGUACCGUUAGCUUAACUUAGCUUAGCUUAGUUUAGCAUAGAGACAGAGACAGCCAGCAUGGAUCAGUCCACUCCUGCCUGCAACAUGUUGUAACCAUGGAUGGACGACUGAGCGGUGUGUGUGAGCCCAGGCGCCCAUUGUGUCAUGACAUGAUGCCUCACUGACAUCAUUAAACUCUGAGAGGAGAGACACUGUCAGGAGACACUCGUUCUGUGGUGUAAUAUAUGACACUGAUAGGUGUGUGUGUGUGUGUGUGUGUGUGUGUGUGUGUGUGUGCUGUCUGAUGUGCAGGUUUAACAUCACAGUUAAAGAAAAACAACAUUAAUCAGCUUCAGGUUGAAGCAGCGCUGCUUUAAUCUCCUUACACAGGCUUCAGUCAGGAGACAAACAGAUUUAAUAAAACCAGCUGCAGCAUCUCUCUGACUUAUCUCUGUCUGUAAUGAUUUCAUAUCAGAUCAUAAUGUGUGUUAGCACUGAAGACAGCUUGGAGAAAACAGUGAGUUAGGGACUGUUGGUUAUUACUGGGGGAGGGAUGGAUGUAUUUUGUAUUUUUGAUAAAUACUCUCCGAACCCUCAAACCAGCAGAAACUGUAGAAACUCUUGUGAUAAUGAUCUGAUCUGUGAGGAGAAGGAUUAGCAUUGUGCUUCACUACUUCCCUCCACUGACGAGAUAUUCUGUCAAACCGUGUUUCCACUGUUAUAAGACAGGGGGAGCUGUGCCACAUGUUGUGAAAUAGAGCAUAUAAAAUAAAAUAAAAUGCCAGCGCCGUCGGAAAAGUUCAUGGGUUCUGAAGCCGUGGAGACGUUGAUGGACUCAGACUGUGACACUUCCUGUUUUGAUCAACAUUAUGAAUUUCAUUGGACAAAGACUGAACCAUCACUGAAUGUGAUGUAUUCCACUGCUGUACCUCACACACAAAAUUAUUAUUAUAUUAUUAUUAUAUUAUCAUUCAUACAGUUCAAACUGACGUAAGGAAAUGAGAAAAAAAUGUAAAUGUAAAAUUGAUUUUAUUUUUGAAAAUGACAGACAAAAAUGAAACUUUCUCAUUUGUUUUUGUCGCAAAUGUUUUUUUUAUGAACAUGGUUAUUUUUUUAUUUUUUUAUCAAAAGUGUUGAUAAAAAAAUAAAUGGAAUCAGACAAACUAACGGUCUGUUCUUUAGUUUGAUGUAUAACUGUUUACAUAUUUAUAGAACAAAUUAUUCUGUGGGUCUCUAAA